UUCAAAAAACCGUAAAAAUGGUUUUGGAAAGUACUAUGAUAUGUUUUGAUAACAGUGAUUACCAGCGUAAUGGUGAUUACUUUCCAACUCGGCUAAAUGUUCAAAAAGAUGGCAUCAAUCUUGUCUGUCUCACCAAAGUACGUUCCAAUCCCGAAAACAAUGUUGGUCUUAUGACAAUUUCCAACACCGUGGAAGUCUUGGCCACCUUGACCAGUGAUGUGGGUCGUAUUUUCUCAAAAAUGCAUUUGGUACAACCAAAGGGUGAAAUCAAUCUGUUGACCGGCAUACGUAUUGCUCAUUUGGUUUUGAAACAUCGUCAGGGCAAAAAUCAUAAAAUGCGUAUUGUUGUUUUUGUUGGCUCCCCCAUUAAAAGUGAAGAAGCCGAUUUGGUAAAAUUGGCCAAACGUUUGAAAAAGGAAAAAGUCAAUGUUGAUAUUGUCAGUUUUGGUGAUCAUGAGAGUAAUAAUGAAAUUUUACAAGCCUUCAUUAAUACCUUGAAUGGCAAAGAUGGCACCAGUUCCCAUUUGGUAUGUGUUCCUCGUGGUUCAGGUUUAUCGGAUGCCUUGUUGUCUUCACCAAUUAUCCAGGGAGAAGAUGGUAUGGGUGGUGCUGGUUUGGGUGGAGCCGGAUUUGAAUUUGGUGUCGAUCCCAAUGAAGAUCCGGAAUUGGCAUUGGCUUUACGUGUCUCUAUGGAGGAACAAAGACAACGUCAAGAGGAGGAACAAAGACGUGCUGCUGGAGCCAGUACCGAAGAGACAGCUGGUGGUGAAAAAACCAGUUCAGGUGGUACAGCCACCACGGCUGCCAGUACAGCGGCCGUUGAUGAACCAAAUUCGGAGGAGGCAAUGUUGCAGCGGGCCUUGGCUAUGUCUACUGAACAGAGUGAUGAUAAUUUACCAGAUUUUGCCAAUAUGACCGAAGAGGAACAGAUUGCUUUUGCCAUGCAAAUGUCUAUGCAGGAUGCAGCUGAUGACACCGUUACCCAACAGGCCAAACGUCCCAAAACCGAAGAAAACGCCCCCAUGGAAGUUGAUGAAGACUAUUCGGAAGUUAUUGGUGAUCCAGCAUUUCUACAAAGUGUUUUAGAAAAUCUACCCGGUGUAGAUCCACAAUCGGAAGCUGUACGUGAUGCUGUGGGCUCAUUGAGCAAGGAUAAAGAUAAGGACAAGAAAAACGAUGGCGGCAACAAUUCCUCAGACAAGCAGUAA